GAAUACUGCACAUGUGCGUAUCGAUAAGAACGACGAACCACCUGCGUAUUAUACGCACUUCAAAAGCUGAUCUGAUAAAACCACAGGCGCAAAAGAUACGAAACUCCGUAUAUCGGUCACAAUCGGAAAACAGGUGGAUCAAACGACGACGUGCGAGACAAGAGAGAAAGAAAGAGGAGGACGUGGCUGAUAGGAGAGGAGUACGCCGGAGCACCUUAGCAAACCUCGCCGGAAUGAUUCACGUUUGAGGAAGGGGAGAGCUAUUGGUCACCGCUGAUCAUCGACGCACCAAACGUCGCCAGACUUAUUGGUCACCCUGAGACGAGAGCUAGGGGGGUUUCCCGCCCAUGGCUCACUGAUUUUGAAGCGUCCCGUUUGCCCUGCGCGAUAAAGAAGAAGGAUGAACAGUACCAAACGGGUCAAAUUUGGGUCAAGUUGGACUGGGUCAACUAGCUUACACAUCGGACCGAGUACUUCCGGUUAGGAUUUAUUGCAAUUCGAGCCUCUAAUUUUCUAAGGUUAGCCCCAGAUCGGAUGGAAUCUUCAAGGAAGAAUAUAGGAUCUGUUUCGAGGAAAACAAAACAACGUUCGGCAUCGGUUUUUCACCUACGCAUUGGCGGAAUGCCAUGCUCAGUAGAUAGGGAGAUUUGUAAUUUUUGUUGGGACGGAGGAGAACAACAGCGAAGGUCCGGCUACCGAAGGGGCUGACACCAAACUGUCAAGGAACCUCGCUUCUUUGUUACUCAUUAAUUAGUCCUUAUUUUUUACCUCCAUCCAGUAGAUUUUUGAAAGCUUCUUCUUCUUCUUCAUUUGGGUAGUGUAAACUGUGAAGUGCUUUUUCUCCCCUGGUUUGGGGUCUUUCUAUAAAAUGACAUUGUAAAAUAUGCUGUUGCUGCUCCGUUUUGAAUGAAGAGGUGGGAAUUGGUAGAGAAAUUUUCAUGGAUUAUGAACGAACGAAAAAGUUGUAUAGCCAAAUUGCACUGGGAAUUCACGGACGGGUGAGUUUGAAAUACAUCGUCGAAGAAGAACCCCUUAAACUCUUUCAUGGCGUGGUGUUCUCAUGUAUCACUGUAGUUAUCUAAAUGAAUUGACUACCAAAUGCAAAGAUGUGAUACAAACCUCGUCUAGAACUAGGGUAACAAAGGAUUCCUGAAAUUUCUCCGUUUUUGCCUUUCUUCCUUCUCUGGUGUUAUGCGCUUGAGAGCUGCCUUCUGCACACGACUUUGGGGUUAACGACUUAAUAAGGUUAACGAUGGCUCACUUACACGUUGGUGCUUCUGGUGCAGUUUAGAUUGAGGGAGCGUGUUGAAGAAAUUUGUUUCACACGUGAUUGAUAUGAAAUCAUAAAACAAUACGCAGUAUAUAAGAUCUUAGGCUCCUCCAAUUUUAGGAUGAAACCCCAGAAGCAGGGGCUGAUGCGUAAGAGGAGGGAAGCCGUUGCCCCCCAAUAAACUCCCACUAAAUCCACAUACUUUGUGAGAAAUAAACUAUUAAAAGACUAAGUAUUUGCCCCCAAUUAAAAAAUUAUGGUUAUCCCUAUGAGGGGAGAUGGUUAAAGGAGCGAGUAAUUAAAGGAAUGAAUGGAAAACAUGUAUUGCGCUUAAGAUAUAGUUUUGCUGUAUAGAAUGCUUAAAUGUCUAGAACAUUCUUGAUCCUUCCAGGUCAUUCCUGGACAUUCUAGAGGAUUUCCAAAAACUUCUAGUAUCCUCUCCGUGAUACUUCACCUUAAAGUGAAGUUUUUGGUUUCGUUCAUGAAUCAUGAUCGAUGAUUAAUCAAGGAUAAAGUAAAUUUCUUCCGAUAAAAUUUAAAUUAGUACAUGUAAUCAAAUUUGCGUGAUUAAAAGCUAUACUAAAAUAUCAAUGAAUUAAAACAAUCGAAUAUUAAUAUCAUCAUAGAGGUCAAUUCAUAUAUAUGAUCACAUAUUAAAGGUGGGUUCAAGUGACUACACGAUAGUGGACAUUUUGGUUUGGGUAGUAGUAUUAUACUGUAGUAUAUUUCAAGAAAUUGUUGUGUGAGUAAAACAUAGACAAAUAUCUAUACUAUGAUUAAAUAUAUUUUUCAUCCUAUAUAGGGUUUACUUAGUGAUCCUAUUAAAAGAAUUUAGAGUAAAAAUAAAUUAGGUAUUGAAUUGAACAUCUCCAAGAAUGCACGUGAGUACUAGUUUAGAGUUUUAAAUUUUUUAAUGGGAAACAUAAACUUAAUUUUGAAAGUGGUGAGAUUACAUGUUGAACACUACUAAUGAAUAUAUCUGAACAUUGAUGUUUGCAAAUUAAUGUGUGCAUGGAUACAGGAGCUUUUGGCAGAAAAAUCCUCUAAGGUGGCUCAAGCGCUGAAAGAGAAGCCAGAUGAAGAGAAUCUGUGUUUCUUACUCGGGGAAGACAUCCCCACUGACCCACAAACCUUCGAGCUCGUAGCCAGAUACUGCCACGGCUAUGCAAUCGACCUUGCGCCCCACAACUUCUUCCAAAUCUCAUGGCUGGCUUACUACCUAGGCAUGACCGAAGACCACAGACCCAACAACCUCCUCAAAAUGGCUUACCUCUACUUCCGAAACAACGUACUACCCAGCUGGAACAAAACAAUCACUGCUCUUACCACCAUGUCCAUGCAUACCGAAGGCCUCGACCGAGCCAUGCAGCUCGGUCUCAUCCAUGAAUGUGCGGAGUCGCUCACCACUCAAGCCCUUCACGACCCCCGCCUUCUCUGUCAUGAACCAGAAAACUGCGGUUUCUCUAAACGAAAUCCGAGGAGAACUCUGUUCUCCCCGGAUUGGAAAAAAGAAGACCUAGCUGCACUUGGUAUCAAGCUCUACGAACCGAUAAUGGCCGGGAUGAUUCACCGCUGCGUCCCUCUAGACUACGCAUCAGCUUCUCUGUGUCACUAUUUUGACAAAAACAGAUCCACAACUGACAGAAGAGAAGUCGUUGAAGCCAUCCAACGACUCUUACCGCCCCACGACUACUACGAAGAUAAGGAGGAGGUAGAAGAAGAGAAAGAACUUCUCGUUAUUCCUUUUACGACUCUACUGGAAAUGCUGAAAACCGCAGUGGAAUCGGGUGCAAGUGAAGAGUGUAAGGACGGGUUGGAGGACAGAAUUGGAAAACGGCUAGACGAGGUCACUGUCCAAGACCUAAUAUCACUAUCUGAACUAUAUAACAGUGCCGAGAAACAAGGAGGGGGAGGAGGAGAAAAAUACGACAGUAAAUGUCUGAAAAGGUUAAUGAAGAGUUACUGCUGUAACUACAGAGGUUCAGACGUCACUGGGUUCGUGAAAGUGGGAGAGGUUAUGAAUGAGUUUUUAGUUGAGGUUUCUCGGAAUCCCGAGUUGAAGAUGGAAACGUUUGUGUCGCUGGCGGAGUUGUCCUCCACUGUGUCAACGGCGAUACACGGAUGCUCUGACGGUUUGUACAGAGCCAUGGAUGUGUACUUGGAGACACACGGAUGGCUGACAGAACAGGAAAAGGAGGUGGUGUGCGGCGCACUAGAGUGCAGCAUGCUGUCGACGGAGGCGCGGGAGCACGCCGUAGGGAAUCAGAGGUUGCCUUUGAGGCUGGUGGUGCGGGUUCUGUUUGUAGCUAUAGGUGAGAUGAAGCUGAGGGACACCGCCACCAUUGUUACCCAAGCUGGUGCAGAGAGGUCUGAGGAAUAUGGAGAGGGAACAAGAAGAGGAAAUGAUGAUAAUAACAUGGAUAUAUUGUUGAGGGAGAAGUAUAAUGGCAGCAUUAAUAAUAGCAGAAAGAAUAAUAGCAGCGUUUGGAAGAAAUUGAAAAGGAAGCUUGGGUGUGUAACCUCUACGCAACAUGAGUCCAUUAACUGCCAUGUCAAGAGGAACAAGCAAGAUCACACAGUUCAAGGUGGGAAAUUCAAAUAGACUUUAGUAAGACAACUUUUCCUCUUUAAUUUAUUUAUUUAUUUAUUUAUCUGUUUGUUUAUUCAUUUGAUUUGUUUACUAAUUGCAGAUAUUCAUUUAGUUAUUUGUUAUUGGCCCCACAAUAACUCAAUAAGCUCUUUUAAAAAGGUUGGGUUAGUUUGGAAGUCUUUCCGGGAAAGGUUAAUAACAUUGUUACACUAAAAUAUAAGUGUCAAUAUUUUUACUAAACUAGGACAGAUUGGCC